AUGGCAUGUACAACGAACAAUAAUCAUGCUCACCUUCUCAUUAUUCAUCUUUUUGUGUUAUGCCUUGUGAUAAUUUUGGAGAAAAAUAAAGCAGACGUUGGCACUUGGUUUAACCAUGGAGGCAAUCUAGCAAACACUAGGGCACGACCCUUUGGAGAGCCAUUUAUAAAUCGCAAUUACAUCCAAAGAUUACAUCUAAGGUGGAAAUACUUUGUUGGGAAUGAUAUAACAGCAACACCAGCAAUAUCAAACGGCGUCGUUUAUUUUCCUGCAUGGGAUGGGAAUUUAUAUGCAGUAAAUGCAUUUACUGGUGACCUUAUAUGGAAAGUGAACCUUGGCCAACUAACUGGGUUAGCUCCUGUUGGUACUUAUGUUAAUGUAACUGUAGCACGAGCUACACCCACCGUAACACACGAUAUGUUGAUCAUCGGGAUCUACGGCCCCGCCGUCGUCGUUGCGAUCAAUCGCUUCUCUCCUAGGCUUGUUUGGAUGACAAGGCUUGACCCUAAUCCUCUAGCUUUGAUUACCAUGUCUGGAACUGCUUAUCUAGAUGGUUUCUAUGUAGGUGUAUCAUCCUUAGAAGAACUAUUACCUCCAACAGAGUGUUGUAUUUUCCGAGGGAGCAUGGCAAAGUUAGACAUACAAACAGGGGCAAUCAUAUGGCAAACUUAUACUCUUCCAGACAACGGAGGAAAACUAGGAGGUUAUUCAGGUGCCGCGAUUUGGGGUAGUAGCCCUGCCAUCGAUAUCAUAAGAAAUCGCGUCUAUGUUGGUUCAGGAAACAUAUACAUUGCUCCUCCUGAUGUGUUAGAAUGCCAAGCAAAGCAAAACAAUCAAUCGAGGGCAACUCAACCUGAUCAAUGUACCUCCCCAGAUGCUCAUUUUGAUUCUAUUUUAGCUAUUGAUAUGAAUUCUGGGAGUAUCAUAUGGGCUCUUCAACUUGGAGGAUAUGAUGUGUUUUACUUUGCAUGUUUAGAGCCUAAUAAUCCUAAUUGUCCUCCUGGUCCUAACUUAGAUGCUGAUUUUGGAGAGGCACCUAUGUUGCUCACCAUAUUUGCUGGUGGAAUUAGACGAGAUAUUGUGGCUGCUGUGCAGAAGAGUGGCUAUGUUUGGGCUUUGGAUCGUGAUACUGGUGACAUUGUUUGGUUCAAUGUUGCAGGACCAGGAGGUUUAGAAGGAGGGGGAGUAUGGGGGGCAGCAACAGAUGGAAGACGCAUCUACACCAACAUCGUCAAUAGUGGAAGAACGAAGUUUAGGCUAGCCCCGUCGAACGAGACGACGACAGGCGGGGGGUGGGUUGCGUUGGAUGCGAACACUGGAAACAUCUUAUGGACCACGGAUAACCCGAGCAACGAGGGCGCUCAUGGACCGGUGACUCUAGUAAAUGACGUCUUAUUUGCUGGGUCAGUUGAUCCUUCAGGACCAUUUUAUGCUAUGGAUGCUGAGAAUGGGAGGAUUUUGUGGUCCUUAAAUACAGCAGCUACUAUCUAUGGUGGUGCAUCUGUGAGCUAUGGUUGUGUUUAUGUUGGACAUGGUUAUUCGGUUGGUCUAGCCGAGUUUCACCCUACUUGGAACCGCGGCAAUUCUCUCUUUGCUUUCUGUAUUGGAUAAGGCAUAGCCUAUAAUUUGCAAUACCAACUUAAGUAAGAAUCACGUCAUGUAGAAGAUCAGGGAAUUAAACUUGUGACUUCUGACUUAUAAGACGGAGAUUCUUCCAUUAGACCAAACAACCUUGCUUCAUUCGACAUAUAUAUUAUACCAUAUGAUUUAUUUCAUAGUAUGAUUCCUUGAAAAAUAGUACCAUUAUAUUGUAGUCAUCUUAAAAGUUACCCUUGUAUACCUUUUAAAACAAACAAAGCACAUAUGUAUUUAUUAUGUUUACCCUCAUUGUUCGAAAUGUAGACGUUUGAAAUAAGAAAGAGAACUUACAAAUUUCGUUAAAAGUUACAUGUAUUUUAUCAUAUAUAUAUGAGCUCAUCUCUACAC